AUGCACAUGGACGCGCGAACCACCGCUGCCCUCCGCAGUCGGGACGCUCGCAUCCGCGAGCAGAACAUCCAGCUGAGCGAGCAAUACGCGCAGCUGAGCCAGCAGCAGGCCGAGGCAGUGGCCGAGCGGCGCCAGCACGCCGAAGAGGCGAGCCAGCUGGUGAGGCGCAACGUUCGCCUCGUGAAGCGCGUCAACGAGCUCGCACGGGCGAGAGAAGAAGCGGAGCGCAGCGCAUUCGAGCUUCGAGCUGAGCUGCAGCGAGUUACCGAGCUGUACCACAAUACGGAAGAACUCGCCGAGUCGCUCGAUCGCCGCCUGCGGGUCGACGACGUCCCUGACCUGGACGAGACGCGGUACGACGCUGCCGCGACGCCGACUCGCACGCUCGUGGGCUUGGAGGAGGGACUGGACUCACCUGCUGAGCCGCCCGCCACGCCGAGCUUCUCCCUGCCGACGCGGCCGCUGCGCACGUUUCAGCGCCGCGGCGGCCUCCACGCACCAGCUCUGUCACUCCUCUCGCCUCUCGUCGAGUGCAGCACGGGCGGCACGGCAGGCACGGCAGACGUGCUCAGUCCGAUUCGGCCGGCCGCCGCCGCUACUCGGAGGGGGCGCCCGGUUCACUCGCCUCUGAGCGAGCCGCGCCGGAGCAAAGAGGCGUUGCCCUCGCCGCUGCACGACCUGGCCGCCGUGCCGUCUGCAACCAUUGACCUGGCGCCAGCAAGCCGCUCUUUGCGCCUGCCCUUCACUCCGUCCAAGGCGGCGCUCUCAGCCCUGGCCGGGACCACCGUGCCGGCAACUGCAGAGGCACGGGUCCAGGUACUCGCCGACCAACGCCAGUCGGUUGGCCAGUCGCACCCUCGAGCGGUCGUCGCUCCACCACGCAAGGCAGCGAAUGGAAGAGCAGGAGAGCCCUCCCUGGGCUCAACGGCGGGCCUGCGUGAAGUCAAUCGAAACCUAUCCGGCGGUUCCCCAAAGGGGGUCGCCUUUCAGUUCCUCACCGCGUCCGAGAGCGAGCAAGACCGGUUGGCCGGGCGACUCUUCGGGCGUUGA